CGCGGUCCUCAACCCACCCUUCGCGAUUUCUAUAUCAAAGUGUCCUCUCACUCUCUCUCUCUGGGUUAUUUGUUUGCUAUCGGCGGCUGCCGCGUUCCUCGCUCACGGGUCUCUCGCGUACCCCGCAUGGCGCCGCAACCGGGCCCAGAAUAUUUCCGUAGAACCGGCCUCGGAGCCGUAACAGCCAUCAGCCUGGGGCUCGGGUUGUACACGAACCAAGAAUAUAAGGCAGUGGUGCUGGCACCCAAGUCGAUUCCGUACGAGAGCCUGGGCUUUUUCGGCUCUUUCCUGCAGUACCUGACUGUCAAUCAUUACGGCAAACUCUACUUUGGGUAUUAUCUGACCUGGAUCAUCCACGGAGUCGAGGCCCUGUACACCUACAAGUUGGCUGGCGACAAGGGACUCACGUCCUCCACCAGGCUGAAAUGGAGCCUUCAGACACUCUUGUUUGGAAUAUUUUCUCUGAAGUUCCUCAACGCGUACCAGCCCCCAAAGCCGAAGAGAGGGUGAUGGUGUGCGUCGACCUACGAUGGCUGGUGAUGUCCUGGUGGCGGCAUCGCUCAUUAUAAACUCAUCCAGCCGAGGCCUAAUGCACCUCUCGUGUCUUGUGAUUAGCUACCUACUGCCAGCACCAACAGACAUUCACAAAAGCAGUCCAUCAGGUAUGCAUUCAUGGGUUUUCUGAGUUAUAUGAAUUCAGAAACAAAACAUUUUUCUCUGUAUACUUGGUAUUACUGCACUACGCUGAAACUUGUCGGUUUAAUGAAAACAGGCAGCUCGCAGCAUCUGGAUGGAAUUUAUCCCAGUUUGAAACUGUGUAUGUGUUACAUACAUUUGAACAGCUGUUAACAGGCAGCAGGGCACUACGUCCAUGAACUUGUGUCAUACAACGGUUGUUGUCUCUUUAGUCAGAAAUCUGACUGGUGAUUUUGAUUACAGUAAUAGUAGCCAGGGGACUUAGAUAAUGUCAGAGUACUGAACCAACAAUGCUUAGAUUCUGGGUUCCAAACGAGGCAGCCACCCAAUGAUUACACCAGGUUUACAAGUGUAGCAAGUUGAUGGCACUAUUGCACAAAAUAUCCGUCAUUAAGUUAGUAUUUUAAGAACAUUUGCUUUAUUCCAGGUCUGCGGUUUAAAAAAAAAUAAGUUUUGUUUCCAUGCAACGAAUACUGUAAUACCAGGUACCUUGGAAGUAGUUAUGUGAUGUCAUCUCCUAGAGGCCACGCUCUAACGUGAAGGAAUAUUACACUGGUUGCGCAAGAGUUCGACAUAAAAAUGACCCCAUCUCAUUAUUUGACACCAAUGGCACAAUUGGUGUGUAAUUGGGAGGGAUAAAACUGAAAGGACCUUGUUUGCUACAACCGAUGAAUUUGUCUCUGUGAUACCUGCGGAUGUUUCUUGAUGCAGUGAUUGGCUUGAAGCUAAAGGUGUGAAUCAUUCCAGUGGAACGAGUAGUUUCCAACCUAAUUUUCUAUUGGGGUCAAUGUGUUUGUGUGCUUUGUCUUGUCAAUAAAAUAAUAAUUGUUUGAAAUUAUAA